UAUGUAUUCCUAGCGCGUUCCCGUGGGGCCGGAAGUGGCUCCGCCUCUCUCGGAGGCGAAAGAUGAUAGAGAGUAGUUUUGGCGGGAGCUGAAGAAAUCGGGAGUUCAGGAGAGAGCUGGGCGCGGGCAGCGCGCGCUUGCCUCGAGCAGGCGCUGCAUAUUGCAAAGACACCAUCAAUAUCUGGCACUCUUUCACCACAGAGAGACAAAACUCUGUGGUGCUGCUUCUGGAACUUCUGCUGCUGGAGCAGCCAAGUGUGUGAAGUGGAACAAAGUGCCCCCAGGUAGGUGCCACGGCUCCCUGGUGUCCAGGAUUUGUCAAGCCCUGCUUUAAGAGAUACAUGUUAUAUUAACUCCUGGAUCAGGCUAGUGAGAAACAGCAGCAAUGCAGGCAUUUCUGAAAGGUCCAUCUUCAAUCAGCACCAAGCCCCUUUCUGCCAAGGAACGCGGAACAGCUGCCACUGCAGGAAGCAGUGGGGAGGGCAGGAGGCUCAGACCCAUUCCUUGGGUGGAAAAAUACCGCCCAAAGUGUGUGGAUGAAGUUGCAUUUCAAGAGGAAGUUGUUGCCGUGUUGAAGAAAUCCUUAGAGGGAGCUGAUCUUCCCAAUCUCUUGUUCUAUGGCCCACCUGGAACUGGCAAGACGUCAACUAUUUUGGCAGCAGCUAGAGAACUCUAUGGGCCUGAGCUGUACCGGCAGAGAGUCCUUGAAUUAAAUGCAUCUGAUGAACGUGGAAUACAAGUUGUUCGAGAGAAAGUGAAGAGAUUUGCUCAGCUUACAGUGUCGGGAAGCCGUUCAGAUGGCAGGCCCUGUCCCCCUUUUAAGAUUAUAAUCUUGGAUGAAGCGGACUCCAUGACUUCAGCAGCGCAGGCAGCUUUAAGGCGCACCAUGGAGAGAGAAUCCAAAACGACACGCUUCUGCCUUAUCUGUAAUUACAUCAGCCGGAUAAUAGAACCCAUAACAUCUCGAUGCUCUAAAUUUCGUUUCAAGCCCCUUUCAGACAAAACCCAAUGGCAGAGACUUCUAGACAUUGCUGAAAAGGAGAAUGUGACAAUCAGCACCGAGGCAGUAUCUUACCUUGUUCAAGUGUCUGAAGGAGACUUGAGAAAAGCAAUCACUCUUCUUCAAAGUGCGAUGCGAUUAACAGGCGGGAAAGAGGUUACUGAGAAGACAGUUGCUGAAAUCGCAGGGGUUGUCCCUGAAGAAAUCUUGGAUGGACUACUAGCCGCCUGUCAGAGUGGUUCAUUUGAAAAACUGGAAGUUGCCACAAAGAAUCUGAUCAAUGAAGGUUAUGCAGCUACACAGCUUAUAAACCAGCUUCAUGAUAUCAUUGUUGAGAGGGAGAAUCUCAGUGAUAAGCAGAAAUCUGUUAUUGCAGAGAAACUUGCUGAGACAGACAAAUGCUUGGCAGACGGUUCUGAUGAGUUCUUGCAGUUGAUCAGCCUGUGUGCAGUUGUGAUGCAGCAACUAACUCAAAAUAACUAACUGCAGGGAGAAAAGACUUCUUGAUGGCUCUAGCAGGAGCUGGACAUGUUGCUUUAAUCAUUUUGGCAGAGCAGCUAUUUGUGUAUUACUUAUAAUAAAAUACAACUACAUUGUC